GAAAAAGGGCGCUUUCGAUUUCGAGUCUCUUGGAAACCGACGAAUCCUAGACAACUCCAACGCCAUUUCCGUACUCACACCUUUAACACCACUAUCCUCCAUCUCCCUUCGGAGCUGCAAUGAAACGAGGGUUCGAGUCAAUCGAAAUAUCAGACGACGAAUGGUCAAACCACGAUUUCGAUUCUUCCCGAAUUCUCAAUAAACCCUCCUCCAGAACCCCACCACCACCAAUCGAGUCUUUCGCUUUCAGAGGCGGAAGCGGACAAGCCGGAACGCCGUCUAAUUCUAAACCAUCCUUUGACUACUUCUCGGACUCCUCUGACUGUGUUGAAGUUAUCAAGGAUGGAGCUCAACAUGCACCUGAGAAUUUGGAGGAUGAUGAUUUCGGAGAGGCUCCAUCGACGACGAUUGAAAACCGUGGGCGGAGGUUUGUGAUUGAUGAUGAGGACGAUGAGGCGGUGGAAGAUGAUGCAGUUGAUUUGGGCGAAGGAGAGGAUGGAGAUAGUGAAGAUUUGGGGUUUGGUGAGGAGGUGGACGGGGGCGAUGAUAUCGUCGGAAAAGCAUUGCACAAGUGUGCGAAGCUAUCUACUGAGCUACGGAGAGAGUUGUAUGGCUCCUCUUCCACCGAUGCUUGUGAUCGUUAUGCUGAAGUUGAAAGUUCUUCCGUUAGAAUCGUCACUAAUGAUGAUAUAUGUGAAGCAUGUGGAAUUGAUGAUUCAGGUUUUCAGCCUGUUCUCAAACCAUACCAGCUUGUUGGUGUCAAUUUUCUUAUGCUUUUGUAUAGGAAAAAGGUUGCAGGAGCAAUAUUGGCAGAUGAGAUGGGUCUUGGUAAGACUAUUCAGGCAAUAACAUACCUUAUGUUACUAAACCACUUGGAAGAUGAUCCGGGUCCUCAUUUAAUUGUUUGCCCUGCUUCUGUUUUGGAAAACUGGGAAAGAGAGUUGAAGAAAUGGUGUCCAUCAUUUUCAGUGCUUCAAUACCAUGGAGCUGCAAGAACAACUCAUUCUAAACAGUUGAAUUCUUUAGCCAAAAGUGGAUUGCCACCCCCCUUCAAUGUGAUUCUUGUAUGCUAUUCCCUCUUUGAAAGACACAGUGCUCAACAGAAAGAUGAUCGAAAGCUCUUGAAAAGGUGGAAAUGGAGUUGUGUUUUGAUGGAUGAGGCUCAUGCUUUAAAGGAUAAGAACAGUUACAGAUGGAAAAACUUGAUGUCAGUUGCAAAAAAUGCAAAUCAGAGGUUAAUGCUUACAGGGACACCUUUACAAAAUGAUUUACAUGAACUAUGGUCAAUGUUGGAGUUUAUGAUGCCUGAUUUAUUUGAAACAGAAGAUAUUGAUUUGAAAAAGAUGCUAAAUGCAGAAGAUACAGAAUUAAUUUCUCGAAUGAAAUCGAUUUUGGGACCAUUUAUUUUAAGGCGCUUAAAAUCAGAUGUAAUGCAACAAUUAGUUGCAAAGGUUCAACGGGUUGAAUAUGUGCACAUGGAAAUAGAACAAAAAACUGCAUAUCAAGAAGCCAUUGAAGAGUAUCGUGCAGUUGCACAUGCACGAAUGACCAAAUCUGGAGAAGUUAAAACUCCUAAUCUUCCUAAACGCCAGAUUUCAAACUAUUUUGUUCAAUUCAGAAAGAUUGCAAAUCAUCCUUUAUUGGUGAGGCGAAUUUACACAGAUAAAGAUGUCAUUAGAUUUGCCAAAAUGUUGCAUCCCAGAGGUGUAUUUGGUGCUGAGUGUACUUUGGAUAGAGUAAUUGAGGAGCUUAAGGGUUACAAUGACUUUUCAAUUCAUAAGCUUUUACUUUAUUAUUCUGAUGGGACUUCGAAAAGUCUUUCAGAUGACCAUGUUAUGAUUUCUGCAAAGUGCCGGGCAUUGGCUGGACUUCUACCUACACUUAUGGAUGGUGGGCAUCGGGUUCUUAUAUUUAGUCAAUGGACUUCAAUGCUUGAUAUCUUGGAGUGGGCCCUAGAUGUAAUUGGAGUUACAUAUAGACGCCUUGAUGGGAGUACUCAGGUGACCGAAAGGCAAACAAUCGUGGACACAUUCAACAACGACACUUCAAUAUUUGCAUGCUUGUUAUCAACCCGGGCAGGCGGGCAGGGGCUGAACCUGACCGGGGCCGAUACUGUCAUUAUACACGACAUGGACUUCAACCCCCAAAUUGACCGUCAAGCCGAAGACCGUUGUCACCGCAUCGGUCAAACCAAACCCGUUACUAUUUACAGGUUGGUAACAAAGGAUACAGUGGAUGAGAAUGUGUAUGAAAUUGCAAAAAGGAAAUUAGUACUUGAUGCUGCAGUGCUUGAGUCCAAUAUCGAAGUGGAAAAAGAAGGUGAAUCCUCUGAUAAAACCAUGGGAGAAAUUUUGUCAGCUUUGUUGUUGGGAUGAAAAACAAAAUCUUGAUUUUUCUAUUUCUGAUAAUACAACAACAAACGAGGCCCCACCCAGAUCUUGAAGAUAUUUCAUGACUUUACGUUUAAUCUGAUAAUUCUUGAAGAGUUAGUAUUUUGUAAGUUAUCCAUGAAUUUAAUCAAUUUAUGCAUCAUUUAUAUGGGUCGAAGCUUAAAGGUAGGAGUU